GUACAUAUAUGUGUUGAACUGUCCUGACGGCCCCGGUCUGGACACUCCCUUCCUGAUCGAUUACUCUGGAGUUUGGUUCAGGAGGGAAGGGUUGGGAGGAAACUACAUCGCUGGGACCUCACCAGAGGAGGCGUUGGAGCCGGACACCAGUGACCUGGAGGUGGACCACCAGUUCUUUGAGGAGAAGAUCUGGCCCCACCUCGCCUCUCGUGUCCCGGCCUUAGAGAAGCUGAAGGUGACGAGUGCGUGGGCGGGUUUCUACGACUACAACACCUUCGAUCAGAACGGCAUCAUCGGCCUCCACCCGCAAAUCAACAACAUGUUCUUUGCGACGGGUUUCAGCGGGCACGGUCUGCAACAUUCGCCCGCCGUGGGUCGAGCCGUGGCUGAACUCAUCAUGCAGGGAAACUUCACCUCCAUCGACCUCAGCAACCUGGGCUUCAGACGCAUCAUCCAGCAGGAGCCCAUGCUGGAGAGGAACAUCGUGUAGAGGAACCAACACACCGCUGCUAGAACCACAUUACACCUACACAUGCUAUGGUAAAGGGACUGCUUUGAUGUAGCCUCUUAUAGUGGUUGUGGCCCCUUCAGAAGUCAGCGUUCACCCGUUCACCCACGUUCACUCAGAGGCCAAGUUUCAAGGCUUUAUUGUCAUGUGUACAUUAGCUACAGUGUAGAUGUGGCUCUUCCAACAGUGCAACAUAUAGGAUAUAAAACAGGACUGCCAUGCAAGGUGCUACCUACUCAUUCACACACUCUUAUACCAUCAGGAGCUAUUUUGGGGUUACGUUUCUUACCCAAAGUUGCAUGGACAUGUUGGGUGGUUCUCAAUGUCGAGGAAGGAUGCUCCAGAGCCACUAUUUCAAGCAUGCUACGUCAUCGAGUGCCGCCGA